UGUGUGUGUGUGUGUGCAACUGCUACCAGAUUUGGAUCAGUACUCUGUACAGGUUCAAUCACAUCCUGACAGAAAGCAUUGCACCGAAGAAGAAGAAAAAAAAAAGCUCCUUCCUUAUUCACGCAACUUCCUCCUAAUCUGGGUCGGAAACAAUGGCAUUCAGUCGAAUUUGCACUUCGAGGCUUCCUCCAGACUGAGAUGUGGGCUUCUUGUCUGGCCAAGCUUGCGUGCCGUGCCAUGCAACACACUGAGACAUUCUGAGGAACGCCAGGAAUAAAGGAUUGACGGCAGAGUUGCCACUGGGAUGUUGCUAUUUCCAAGCCUGCUCUUUACUCUGCUUGCUGGGGCACAUGGUGGACGGAUCCUGGAGGUGACUCAGCCUCGCGAGGUCAACGUAAGGAGAGGGGAAUCGGUCACUUUAAACUGUACCUAUAAUUGCACUGGAAUACAAAGCAAUCAGGUUUAUGCAGCGUGGUAUCGGGGCUUUCAGAAACCUCCUGUUAUCCUGGAGAAGAAUAAUGAGAACUGCAGUGAACACAAAGGGGUCGUUAGCUGUUGGACAUCAGUGAAGAUUGCAAAUGUUUCUCCUGGAGAAUCUGCUUAUACGUAUUACUGUGAGGUUAUCGUGACCGCAGAAAACGGGACUGUGGAGAAAAUCGGUGGAGGAACUCGGUUACGUAUUUACGAAACUCCACGCAUCUCUCCAUCUGUCCUGGUGAAAGGACGCGAGUCUACCCUAAACUGCUCUGCUCUAGUAUAUCGUUCCUUCAGUCUCUCCUUCAUCUGUGUACUUCAUGGAAAGAAUGUCAAUGGCACAGUCCCCACGGACUCUGGAAGAAACGAAAGCACAAAAUUUAUCACCAGCCAUCUCAAGAUUACUGCUGAGCUCAGAGAUAAUAGGAGUGUGUGUGUGUGUCAGAUCAACCCCGACAUUCACACAGCUGCAGCUCGGGCUGAGGUCAGACUGAAUAUUGAGUAUGGUCCCCAGGAUCCCAUCAUAAAGUACAGGACAAAGGAACAAGCCAAAUACCUGCCUGUGACCACCUCCAUCCCUGUCCCUAUGGGCUCCUUCCUGGAACUGACCUGCUUUGUGGACAGUAACCCACAGGCCUCAGUAAAGUGGAAGAAGGGUGAAGAGACACUUGCGGAGACGAACCAAACUCAGGGCACACUUACCAUAAACUCAACCAGCUUCAAGCUUCUGCAACACGGAAUAUAUGUGUGCGAGGCAACCAACAAGCACGGCCACAACAAGACAGAAAUUUCGAUAACAUUACAACCUCACAACCAGAAGCUGAUUUGUGUGUGGCUGCCUGUGACGGUGAUAGCUGUGGUGUGUGCGCUGACAAUCGCCUGCUGGGUGAUGAAACGGCGACUGAAAGAGCCGGGUGCUGAGGCCAUCGAGCUGAGUCCAGAAAGCAAUGAGCAUCCAAGCCACAUCAAUGAAACCGAUACAAUAUAUGCAGAGGUGCAGAAGAAAGCUCUUCCCAAACACCAGACACCUGCACAGUGUUCCCUUUCCAUUGACGACCAUAAACCAGAGGAAGAGAAUGAAGUGUCCUACGCGGACAUCAUGAUUCGGAGACCAAAACCCCGAGGUCACACACACAAGCCCGAGCAUCGCCCGUAUAUUGCAGCCAGAGAAAACAAGACAAGGUCUAAAGACGCGAGCGGUUCACCUUACCACAACCAAGCGGUAGCUGAGGAAACAGAGUACGCUGCAGUCCAUGUCUCAAGCCAGAACCUGAGAAAUAAAUUCACCGCUAGAAUGUAAGCAUCCGAGAGAGGAACCGACUUGUCUUGCUUUCCGUUCCUCUCAAAACGUAUUGAAGCUACUUCACUAAUGGGACAAAUCAAAUCGACUGGACCAGGCUGGAGAGGCAGCAAGAGAUAAAUUACAGGAGAUUUGCCUCGUUGUGUGUUGCCGGUGUUUCUGUGCUGACUGUUCAGCCCUCUCUCGUGCGAACUGUCCAGACUUCAAACUUGUGCAUUAUAACUAUAAUUCAGACGUGUCUAACCAUGGUUUUCCUUUUCUGUCCUUUUCAUAUCUUUUAACCUGCGUGGACAUUGAAAAAGAGCAAUAAAAACCAGAUUUUCUUUUUGGAGAGUUAACCCUUUAAAUUGAUCAUUGGUGCAAAAUAAUACUAUUUACAUUUCACGCAGGGCCUUUUGUGCUGGGAGGACGUUUCAAAAGGAUUUACCGUAAAUUGUAGUAACUGUGUGUUUUGUUGGGGGACACGACUGACAAUUUGUACGUUCACAGCCAUGAAGUGAAAGAUUGAUUUUGUUUUGGGGGGAUCGU